UCUGCUAGCGUGUCAUCCAGUGUGUCUACCAGUCCCUCGACCUCCCCAUCGCCCAGUGAGUCCGCAAGUGUCUCCACCUUCACCUCUGCUAUUGUGGCUGCCAGUGUAGCGACCAGUGCCUCGGCCUCCACCUCUUCUCAAGUGUGUCACCUAGUGUGUGGCUCAACCUCCAUAUCGCAGUUUGUGUCGGCAAGUGUCCCGGCUUUCACCUCUGCUUACGUGUCAGCUUAUGUGUCGACCAAAGCCUCGACCUCCACAUCGCUUAGUGUGCCGGCAAUUAUCUCGCCUCCCACCUCUGCUGGGCUGUCAGCCAAUUUGUCUACCAGUGUCUCGGCCCCACAUCGCCCAGUGUCUCGACAAGUCUCUCGUCCUUCACCUUUGCUAACGUGUCAGCUAAUCUCUCGACCGGCGGCUCGGCUUUCACAUCACCCACAGUGUUAACAAGUGUUUCACUCUCCACAUCUGCUAACGUUUCAGCCAAUGGGUCGACCAGUCCCUCGACUUCAACAUCGCCCAGUCUGUCUACAAAUGUCUCGGUCUUCACCUCUGCUAACGUGUCAGCAAAUGUGUCGACCAGUACCUCUGCCGCUACAUCGCUCACAGUGUCGACAAGAGUCUCGGCAUUCACUGCUGCUACCGUGUUAGCCAAUGAGACGACCAGUGCCCUUGCCUCCACGUCACCCAAUGUGUCUUCAAGUGUCUCGGCCUCA